CUUGACUGUUGAAUUUCAACUUCGAAAAUCUCAUCGUCGCCAACAACCCUAUCUGUCCAUUGGAACUACCGACCUUCACAAUGGCCAAAGAUAAUCCCAAGACUCAGGCGAAGAAGACGACUCAGAAGAAAUCGCGAUCUGCGAUCUCUGAUGUCGUCGCCCGCGAAUAUACCAUCCACCUUCACAAGCGAGUCCACGGCAUCAGCUUCAAGAAGCGAGCACCCCGCGCAAUCAAGGAGAUCCGCAAAUUCGCUCAGACCGCUAUGGGAACAUCCGAUGUUCGUCUCGAUCCACAAUUGAACAAGAAGGUCUGGGAAUCCGGUAUCAAAGGUGUUCCCUUCCGUCUACGCGUACGCAUCAGCCGAAAGCGUAACGACGAGGAGGGCGCCAAGGAGAAGCUGUACAGCUACGUCCAGGCCGUCAACGUUAAGGACAAGGAGGUGAAGGGACUGCAGACUGUUGUUGUCGAGGAAUCAUAGGUACAUGCCAGAUGAACUUGGCUUCGAAGGCAUCGAUUUUGCAUGACUAGGUGGCGCCCGAGAGCAUGAGGGUCGAAAGACCUGGUGGAUGUUAUGGCCAAAUGUUCAUCGGUCUGGUGGCCGGCCCCUUGGGUCGUCCUGCGAUGAAAAGCAAGGAUGGCUACCGUUCCCUAGGUGUGUAGGCCCUUCGGCCGAACAUCUUGAGCCGCUCAGCGAUUGAAACUUGGCCUACUAGUUUCCGAUGGCCAUCCUUCUCCAAAACUCCAUAUGUUAAUCAGAUAUGGAAGUAUUCAAAUGAGUCACCACUGAUCACUCAAGCUGAUCACACAUCACUUGUCUUCGUUCCUCUCGCUAAAUAACUUUCAACUCGCUCACGCGAUGC